GCAGGGGUGGAUGGAAGGAUGGACCACAGAGUUCAUACCUGCCAAGAGCUGGAGGCUGCUGCUGCUGCUGCUGCUCGCUGCCGGUACUGUAAUCUGAAUAGAAGCUUUUACUGGCUGGAAUAUAUCGACCAGCUUCAGAUUUAGCAACUCCUUCCUAAAGCUCCCAGUAUCCUCCCUCCCUUCCUCUGUCGUCCUGUUUUUUUCUGCUCUGUACAGUCUGCCUCCAGCUGUAUUGGCAGCUGCAUCAUUCCACCCUGCUGACUUAUUGGGAUUUCUUUGCGACUUUUUCCUGCUCUGUGUUGAAGCGCCCCUGCAGCACCUCCAUGUGUUUGUGUGCGACCGGGUGUUGUUGGGUUAAUUGUUAUUGACUCAUUUCUUUGUGUGAAAAUUGGCCCCUCCUCCCAGGGCGAGGGAAGCCGGAGAGGAUGUUCUCGUCCGCGUCCAGAAACUCUCUGUUCUCGCCCUGGUCGUCCAUGGAGCAGUCGGACUCGGAAGUUCUGGACAUCAGCACCAAAGUGCAGCUGCACGGCGUGCUGUGGAAGAGGCCCUUCGGACGGCCGUCGGCCAAGUGGUCCCGCAGAUUCUUCAUCAUCAAGGACAGCUUCUUGCUCUACUAUGCAGAAAACGAGAAGAGAAGCUUCGAGACCAACAGAUACUUCAACAUCCACCCAAAGGGAGUCAUUCCUUUGGGAGGAUGUGUGGUUUCGGCCAACGAGGACAUGGGGAUGCCUUUUGCCAUCGUGAUCAACCUUGAAGACUUCACUGGUACCAUCGUUCUGGCUGCUGAGUCUGAGGAGGAGCAGGUCCAGUGGAUGGAGAUGAUCCAGGAGUCAGGGAAAGUUACGUGGAGGAACGCCCAGCUGGGGGAGGCCAUGAUCGAGAGUCUGGAGGCUCAGGGGCUGCAGCUGGCCAAAGAGAAGCAGGAAUAUCUGGAUAAGCUGAUGGAAGAAACUGAGGAGCUCAGUCAUCAGAGAGCGCAGAGAGAGGAGCUGGAGCGUCUCAAUCAGGUCCUGGAGGACGAGAAGAUGAAGUUUGAGGAGGUGGUUCUGGAGCUGAAGGCCGAGCAGGAGCAGAUCAGAUUAGACCUGGACGGCACGGCUCAGUCCCUGAAAGGCGUCGAACGUGAGAAGGAGGAGCUGAGCAGCUUAACUGUAACGCUGCAGAAAUCUAUUGAGGAACUCUCUCAGGAGAAACAGCGAACUCUGGAGCUGCUCGGAGUCAAAGAUCUGGAGUCUCAGGAUGCUCAGAACGAGGAGGACUCUGGUCCAACCUGCCGCAACGACGGUGAGGAUCUCCAGGACGUUGAUCUGCUGCAGGAUCUGCGACACAUCGAGGAGCAGAUGAAGAUCCUACUGAAGGAGAAGGAGCUGGCUGAUGACAAGCUGAAGGAGAACGAGCAGCGAGCUUCAGUGCUGCAGCAGGAGAGAGAAUAUUACUCGUCUGAGGCUCGGACGCUGCAGCAGUCGCUGUCUCAGCUCACCGUGGACAAACAGCAAACCGAAGCCGAGCUGAAGGCGGAGAUCGAGUCUCGGGUGGAGCUGGAGAAGCGGCUGAAGGAGGCUGAAGAGGCUCUGCAGAACCUGGAGAAAGGCCUGAACUCACUGGAGCGAACCAAAGAGCGAGACGAGAAGAUGAAGGGCGACGUGACCCAGCUGAGGAGGUUCUUCGAGGAGUGCAUCUGCGCGGCCGAGAUCGAGGCGAAGCUGCCGGCGAUCAUGAAGAACGCCGUGUAUCUUCACAAAGCUGCCGCUCGCAGAAUCAAGAGCUGCCGAAUCCAGAGGAGGGCCUCCAGACGCCACUGGUUGAAACACUCCAAGUCCUUCGCUGUGGCCAACGCUGACGACGGCAGCAUGGAGGAGCUGAGGGAGACGGCCAGAAGACUGACCUCCGACAGCAACUUCAGAGACAGCGUCUACAAGAUCAUCACUCGCCGCGACACCGUCAACAAAACGGACGUCUGAGAGGAGGAGGUAAAGCCGCUCCUGAGCUUCACCUAUAUCCACAUCCCAACCCACCAAUACAGCACUGUAGAGGAAUGUUUCACUGUGUAAUAUUAUUGACUAAACCCAUCAAAAUACAGCAUUGGCAGGACUUAUUCUGUGCUCACUCAUAGUCUAAUGGCCAUUUAUGACUAAACAGUUCCAGGAACAAGAGCUAGAGUCCUAUUUUUGUUUCCACUCUGACUUUUAGGCAAAUUAGAGCGAUAUUAGAUAUUUACGGUUAUGUGAUGUUUAGACAGACACUUUGCUUGGUGUUUCAUAAGUUAGAAACCUUUUUUAAACAUAUUUCCAAACCUCAACUUGUGUUCUUCCGAAGUCAGUAUUGGGUUUAAGUUAGAUGUAAAAAUGAAGAAAGUUCAGUACGUUUUCAGUGACAUUUUGGAAGACAUACAUAAUACGACGACUUUGGUGACAUUUUGGACGAUAUACUAAACUAUGACGUUUUUGGUGACAUUUUGGACGACAUACUAAACUACGACAUUUUUUCAACAUUUUGGACGAUAUACUAAACUACGACGUUUUGGGUGACAUUUUGGACGACAUACUAAACUACGACAUUUUUUCAACAUUUUGGACGACAUACCAAACUAUGACGUUUUUGGUGACGUUUUGGACGACAUACUAAACUAUGACGUUUUUGGUGACGUUUUGGACGACAUACUAAACUACGACAUUUUUUCAACAUUUUGGACGACAUACCAAACUAUGACGUUUUUGGUGACGUUUUGGACGACAUACCAAACUAUGACGUUUUUGGUGACGUUUUGGACGACAUACUAAACUAUGACAUUUUUUCAACAUUUUGGACGACAUACUAAACUACGACGUUUUUGUGAUAUUUUGGAUGACAUACUAAACUACGUCAUUAUUGUGACUUUUUGGACCACAUGCCAAACUAUGACUUUUUUACACAUUUUGGAUGACAUACUAUACUAUGACGUGUUUGGUGCCAUUUUGGAUUGGUUAGAAACAACUUGUGUUCUUUCUAAGCCAGUAUUGGGUUUAAGUUAGAUGUAAAAGUGAAGAAAGUUCAGAUGAUAUGAUGAGUGUUUGACCUCUAAAAAUUAUCCAAAAUGAUUAAAAGUUUUUAAUAUCAAUGAAAUUCCUGCAGUGAAACACCCAGACAGUCAGAGAGCUUGACUUCCUGGAACUGUUUGUUGAAAAUGGCCUUAAGAUAUUAAUGUUAACUGAAAUCCAUAUUUUCCAGACAAAUUAUUAAGUAUUUGGAUAACAUGUUUUACUUUGUCCAGUGGUGGAAAGUAACAUUAACUGAAACAUAAUUUAGAGAUAAUUUUCAUUCCGUCUUUAUGCACCUUUUUACUCCACUGUUAACAGUUAACAACAAAAAAAGCUAAAUUCUCUUAACCAGUGGUUCCCAGAGUUAUUGGUUUAUAGCCUUCUACAAAAGAGUCUGUCUCAUUUAAAUUAAAAACAUUUUUACAACUGUUUAAGCUUCAAAGAACUUAGUUUCUUCUUGUUUUCUGCCCUAUUUAUCUCACAGAUAUGUCUUGUGAACUUUUGGAGGGAUUUAGCCGUAUGUCUGGGAACCACUUUGUACAAAAAUAGAUUUAAAUAGUGGUACAUUAACUAUUCUAUCUGUAUUUGUACUUGAGCUCUUCUUCCACCACUGAAUAUUUGUGACUGAUUAGAUGUCACUGUAGAAAUGUUACUUUAUUCUAAAAACACUCGAUGUUAAACUGUAGAUCACGUAUAAAUGUUCAUUCAACAGAAGUCAGUGUGGCUGUAGCCGUGUAACUGCUGGUGUUCUCACAACAAUCCUGUUAUGUUUAAAUCAGUGAGCAGAAAGCAGACCAAACAAAUCCAUCUUGAAAAAUGUUUGUUUUUAUUUCCAAGGAUUGAUUGUAUGCACAGAUUGUGUCCUUUACUUUAACACGGUUGAUGGAAACAAUGAAAAUCGUCCGAUAUCAACCUCUACCAAAUUCAUUAUUGCUACAUGUGAAAAUGGUUUCUUGAUGAUGCAACUAAAUGUAAUUCACUGAAGCUGGCGUUUUAUGAUAAUGUACAAAUGUUCAGUACGUUAAAGGAUAAUUCUGGUAGUUUAAACCCAUACCCUAAUUUAAUAUUAUAUAUAGGGACUUAAUUGUUCAAAUCAGCCCAAUAUUGAGCAACAGCGCAACAACAUGGCUUCUGGUAGGUUAAUUAAGGGGUUGUUGUAGUGAUGAAAUCAUAAAUUGAGUCAUAUUUUAUUCUCCUUCAGAGUGACUCAGCUACUAUAAAACAAACACCUUUAUAAUCCAUCAUUGGAAGAGUUCUAAUUUAAGUAGUGGCGACAUGGUUUCCAUUGAACUUCUAAAUUCUCCAGCUAUCCUGUGCUAACUCGGCCCACUGUGUUUGGGACUGGAUCGCUCCAUGACAUUUAACUGUUGCAGCGUUCUUGCUCAAUAUGUACAUAAAUUCCAAUUAUUUCUGACCCAAAACGAUUGGGGAAAAAAGGAAUAAAAAAUACUGGACUUAUCCUUUAAUACCAGAAAUGAUAUAGACCACAUGUCAGGGUGAAGUAAGAAGGAACAUACUUAUGGACUGAAUAACAUGCCUUGAUGCUAAUAAAGCUGUGUUUGAACCUUGUA